ACGACAUGUCUACUUGUACCAGAUCACAGUACAAAAACACUUGCAAUAAAGAAAUGAUUGAACGUAAAUAUCGUAAAUAAUUGUCACAAAAUAAACACAAUGUCAUUCUCGGGAAAAACUUUUAAGAGAGUGUCGAGUGAAAAUCUUGAUAAAUUAACUGCUUCCCAGAAUCUCCAAAGCAAUCAGGCUCAGCAGCUCCUCAACUCAGACGCAUUAUUCUGCUUCACCCGCGUGGACGACACUACCUUCCAGUUCAGUCUUCAGGCUGGAGACCGCGCCAUCAACAGCAGCUUUCAGCUGGGACAGGAGCACGAGAUGGAGCGACGAGAUGGGACUAAGGUAAAGGUGACAUAUUGUUUGGAGAGCGACAACGUGUUGAGUCAGACGGUCCGGCAGCCUGGAGGGAAGGUCUCCCACUUCAGGAGGGAGUUUAAUGGAGACGAUUGUGUAUUGACAAUAACAGUCGAAGACUGCGACGUGUCAGCGAAAAUAUACUACAAAGCCGUAUAGUGACGAUUUGUUAAGCAAUACGCACAUUUUUAUGUAAUUAUGUAUAAGGAAAUCGCUUCUGUAAAAAACCGGACCCUGUGAAAACGACAGAACGCUAGGAAGAUGAUGAUGAUGACGGAAUAAAAGAAGUUUGGAAAGGCCAUAACGCGCAUUUUGUAUGAGACCCCUGGCCCUGUCGCCGGUUCGACCCCACUCUCUUUUACUACUACUCCUGUAAAGAAAUAACUACGACAGCUCUACUGCUUCUCAAAUUCCAUGUAUAUUUUAUAUAAACUGCAAUUCUAUCUUUACUUU